AUGGCAACUACAAAAGAUCUCAGAGCAGCAAUUGAAACCACCACGAGGCAAUUCUUCGCCGCCUACGUCGAAUCUGGAGAACGUAACGACCCAGCCAUCAUCAACCGUGACGUCGACCCGGACUGCAAACGCUUCUACCGCCCCAUCUCUCUAUGCGACUGGUUCGGAGUUCCUCCCGACUGGUCUCACGAUGACGAGGCGUACAAAGCUGAUAUCGCAGCUAAUCUCGAGCAUGGGUCAAUAAAGACAUGUGAGGUUUUUAACCUGACUAUUGAUGUGGAUGCUCGCUAA